AUGAUGCUUGAGUUUCGAUGGCCUUUGUUAGGCGUGAUAAUACCUUCGUUGGUUAUAGGACUCACUGCCUAUGGCUCACAUUAUUUUAUUCUUCGUCAUCAUUUGUCAACCACACAACAGAUCAUUUAUGAAUGUAUAACAUCCAUGGUCUGGAUAUCGUAUAUUUUGGCAAUAUUUACGGGUCCUGGGCAGUCUCCAAAAGGUUACACUCCUAAAAAGGGUGAAUGGAAACGAUAUUGCACCAAAUGUCAAAGCUAUAAGCCACCUAGAACUCACCAUUGUUCGAAAUGUAAUGUAUGCGUGAUGGCAAUGGACCAUCAUUGCCCAUGGACACUUAACUGUGUUGGAGCAAAAAACCUACCACAUUUCAUGAGGUUCCUAUUUUGGGUUAUUGUGGGAACCACUUAUCUAUUAGUGCGAUUAUGUGAGAGGAUAGUGGGGUACUACAAUGAUCUGGAUAAACCAAUAUAUCUUAUCAAAAGAUCAGAAUUAAUUGCAGUCAUUGUUUUUACUCCAAUCGAUUUGUUUGUUUUGUUGAGUAUUUCAUUGUUAUUCAUCAGAUGUUUGAUUAAUAUUGGUAAAGGUAUGACUCAAAUUGAAAUUUGGGAAUGGGAUAGGAUUGAUAGUCAAUUUCAUAGCAAAAGACUAUGGAAAUCGAUUAGAUUGAAUUAUAAGCAGUUGUAUGGGAAACAAUUACCACAAUUGAGCACAUGGACUAAUAAGACUCCAAUUGACGAGGGGGAAUUCGCUAUGGAGGAAAUAAGUCAAGAUGAGAGUUCUGGGCUGACUAGUGCUGGAACUUCAGAAAUUGUAACAACAGAGUCACAGUCGCAUGACGAUAUGUUGGAGGGUGAUGUUGAUCAAGAUGAAGAGGAGGAAGAGAUUGUGCCCCAAAAUUUCACCAUGGAUGAUGUGAUAUUUCCAUAUGAUUAUGGAGUUUGGAGUAAUAUCAAGUACUUUUUAGGGUCUCCCUUGAUGUGGUUAGUACCAUGGUCUAAACCGAACAACAAUGGAUUCAAUAUUGAACCUUCAGUAGACUACAAAGAAGACGAUCAGUUGGAACUUCCAUGGCCCCCCGAUGGUGGAAAUCAAAAUAUAACAAUUCCAACUCCUAGUGAUGAUGAAUUAAGAAGUAUAAAGAAUUAUUCACAAUUAAAGAAGCAGUUGGAUCCCAGAUACAAUGCUAAACGAAGCAAUUGGCAUAACGAUAUGGGAGAAAGCUUAGAUGAUUACGGUGUAUAUAUUGAUGACUCUGAUGAUGAUAAAUUAUAG